AUGGGUUUGGGAGAAGAGACCGCCUGCGAGGAAAAGAGACCGGGGGUAGUAGAGGCGGAGGAUGGAGCAGAUGGCGAGAAAAGACUAGAGGUAGUAGAGGCGGAGGAUGGAGCAGAUGGCGGGAAAAGACUGAAGGUAGAAGCGGCGGAAGAUGGAGCAGACGUCGAGAAAAGACUGGAGGUAGAAAAGGCUGAGGAUGCGGCCGAUGAGGAGCCAAAGGUUGAGAGGCCGAAGAGAGAUGGGGAGGAACCGGCGGAGGAAGAAGCGCCUAGGGAGAAACCAGUGGCGGAAGAUGAGGCGGCGCCAGCGGCGGUGGGAGCGAAGGAGAAGGGGGAGGCGGAGGAGAGGGAGAAAGAGGAGGAAGCGGAAGAGACUGAGGAGGCUACUAUGUUCAGGGCUUAUUCGCGUGAAUCAAGCAAACUGUCCAACAAUGUUUUAAAGGCCAUGGGCGAGGAAAUCACAAGAGGCUUCACCAUUCCCUCGACUACUUCCUCACAUGACACAGCGGAGGAUCCUUCAGAGUUCUCCACUCAACUCCUUCUGGCCGCUGCCCCUCCUGAGACUAGCCCCAUAGCUCUGGAACCAAUCGAGGAAGAGUAG